GUGGUCUUUAGCGGUUUCCUUGAUACUGAUGUGCGCUGCCUUCUACAACAAUCUCCUCCCGGACGGGACACCGCGAGAUGCAGUUGGAUGGGUGGCUGUCAUUUCUGUUGUCUUGCUGGUACUAAGCCACAUCGUUGGCGUCUUGGUUACAGUCGGGCCGGCCUCUGA